AGUUCAGCUGCUACAAACUAUAUCUAAGAGCAAGCAGGGAGGAAUGGCCGGACUUUGACAUAAACCUGUGCACCUACUUCCGCCCUUACAGUGAUGUCACUUCUCGAGCAGAAAAGGCGGAUAUUUGUGAAAGUCAGAAAUGAACUCGAGGUUUCGCUGGUCCCGUUCUCGCAGGGCAGGGGACGCUUACACGGUGCUACGGGGCCGCCUGCUGCCAGUGAAAGAUGACAAACCGGCAACAAACAAGCGGGAGGAGAGCGAUUCCGAAGAGAGCGAUGGGGAAGGGGAUGAUCCCCAGUUCAUGGAUGCCAGUGAGAUAGAAGGAGGGGGCACGACGCUACAUUCUGCCCCGCUGCGCAGAACUGUCGUUAUUAUUAAAGAUAAAUGUGGAAUUGAGUAUCGAGUGAGCGGAUUUUUUCCAUUGGUAGAUCCUUGGUGGUCUGUGAAACUAGAAGUGAAACGGGAUGGGACACUGUACUUUGCGCAAGGAUAUCCUUCAUACACUCUUGAGAAUGACCUGAGCAAGGAUAUACUCUCUCUUUUCUUCAAUGCCUGUCACAUUCACGCUGAUACAAUACAAACAUUUUCCAGUUGGUUACCAAGAGAUGCAACAGUGACUUUUGACAACCUGAAAGAACUCAUAGAAGAAUUUCAGAUGGACAAUCCGAAUAUUAAAAUCAAUGUUGAAAGUUCAGGCCCUGGCCUCCUUGUUAUGAAAGCCUUGGAAUGCCCUCUUACGCUGAAAUACCUACCAAAGCUGUUGCCACGUAAAGUAAAAGGAAUAUUUUUAAAGCUUUAUCGGACUUCUGAUAGUACUGAAGACCCUACGCCCCGUAUUGACUUGUUGAAUGAAAUUGAAGCAAUAUUAGACAGUGAGCCAUGGCAGCUUGGAUUUCAAUGUAUAAUCUAUAGGACAUUGCAGCUGUGCCACUGUGAAGCAACUUGGGAAAACUUUCUUCAGUGUGAGAAGCUACUGGAAAAAAUACCAGACUUACAGAAAAACGCACUAAUAAUUUAUAAUGAACUGAAGAGUAGGUGCAGGGAGUUUGGAGAUACCUACGCUGAACAAGAAGUACUUACCAAGCUUGUUAGUGGCCAGAUGCCUGCUGAAGAUGCAUGGGAGGCAAUUAAGUUCCUAAAGGAUAAUUGUGUUGUGGUGCUAGAAGGGCAGCGGGUUUUUCUAGCGAAUCUUUAUCGAUAUGAAGAACAUAUUGCAAGAUAUAUUAAUGAACUUGUUAACAGAAGCUCUUGGAUGCUGGACUUUGAUGCCAAGGAAAUAUUUGCUAGUACUAAAAGUUUUGCUGGGGGAGAACAUAGUAAACCAGAUCUUACCGCAGAUAAUCCAGGAAACCCUUUUGAAGAUGAUGGUUGUCCUAGUGAGCACAUUGAUGCUUUACAGAUAACUGAUGGCCCAGCAUCUACAGAUGACUGCUCAGGAGAACUAGACCCUGACCAGCUAAAUGCUGCAACAAUGAUUUGCUCAAAUCCUGUUACAGUCAUAAGUGGGAAAGGUGGAUGUGGAAAGACCACUGUUGUUAGCCUUGUAUUUAAAUAUCUAAUAAAGAAAGAAAAUUUCGAAAUAGAAGAGGCCUGCAAAGCCUUUGAGGAUGACCUGGAUGCUUCAGAAGAAUGGAACAAGGAUCAAAUGGCCUGCACAGAAGAAUGCACUGAACCUGUACAUAUUUUACUUACUGCACCUACAGGAAGAGCUGCUUCCCUUUUAAAGAAAAAAACAGGCCUUCCUGCUGCUACUUUACAUCAGGUGACCUGCAGCUAUUCUGCUUGGAGAAAGCAAGAAUCAGACAAACCCUGGAAAUUCUCUCAAGUAAAAGCAUUGGUUGUUGAUGAAGGAAGUCUGGUUUCUGUUAAUAUUUUUAGCACUGCUUUAAAACUUCUUUGUAACAAUUCCGAUCUAGCAAAGCUCAUCAUUCUCGGGGAUGUCCGACAGUUACCCAGUAUUGAACCUGGUAACCUGCUAGCCGAUAUAUUCACCAGUCUUGCUGCCAAGAAGUGGGUUAUUGAGCUGAGAACAAAUCACAGGGCUGAAUCACAGCUCAUUGUAGACAAUGCAACACGAAUAUCUCAGCAAAUAUAUCCUGAGUUUGAUGCGGUCAUAAACAUUGUAAGUGGCCAGGCCAUACAGAUGCCUGAUGCAGAGAAGAAAUUCAUUUUGGUCGCAUUAUCUGAUGGAAGUGAUCAGGAUUUAAGCACUGCCAUAAAGGCACUACUUGAUAAAGGACCUGGAUUAGAAGAUGACAAGCACUCACAGUUUAUUGCAUUCAGGAGAAAGGACUGCAUGAUGAUCAAUGAGCUGUGUUGCAAGCACUAUUCUAAACAUUCAAUCAAGAAUUACAAGAAUAAAUUUGAUUUUCGGGUUGAAGACAAGGUUUGUUGUACAAAGAAUGCCUAUGUGAAAGACCUUCAAAGCAAGAAUACAGAAAGUCUGAAUUUGACGCAGUCAGCAAGAAAUGGACAUGCUGCAAACUGUGAGCAAAAAAUAGUCGGCACAGCAACAAGAGCCAGGAAUUGUUCACAAACAAAGCCUGAAAGUUUGGCAAAAGAAGAUGAGAGAUUAUGCAACGGAGAAAUAUUUUUUAUAACUAAUGAUGUGGAAAAAGAUAAAAUACGUGACUUAACACUCGGGGAUUCUGAAGACCGAGAAUAUACCUUAAAUUAUAAAGCACUUAGAUGUCGAAGUGGAUUGAGGCAUGCUUGGGCCAGAACUAUUCACACUUUCCAGGGUUCAGAAGAGGAGACGGUGGUGUAUGUUCUGGGGUGUGCAGGCAGACAGAACUGGAAACAUGUAUACACAGCAGUAACUCGGGGUUGCAAACGUGUGUAUAUAGUCGCCAAAUAUGACCAGUUGGGUGAAGCCAUAGCAAAUAAAGCACGUGACCGGAAAACUCGUUUGCAGCAGCGCCUGAAAGAGACCCUCCUUCAAAAUAGAGAUGAUUGUGGUACAGCUCAGCCUACGAGUGGAACUCAGGUUCAGUGUGUCUCCAAAGUGGAACAUGAGGAGUUUAAUGGAGAACAGUCAUUUAAUAAGAUACUGUCCCAUCACUCUCCCACACGGCCUGGCUGUUCUUAUGUGCCUUCAGCUGCUCCACCUAACUGUGAAGUUCCUAGUACCAGCACUAAUCAUACAGAGAGGAGCCCAGCAAGGGGACAUUGCAAUGACUCCCUACAGCAGUCUCCUUCACAAAAGAGACAGGCAAAUACGUUUGAAGGCCCAAGAACUCCUGCCAAGAUGUCACGGGCUGAAGCCUUAAAGGAAGAAAUCUCACCAAUAGGCUGUUCCAGAUUGCAGAACUUGUCUAUUGGCAGCCCUUCUCCCAAGCAGCUUUUCAAACCAUGAUUAUUUCGGAUCAGCGGCAGGUGGGGAAUCAUGAUUCAUUCGCACUUACUGCAUCAUUUUCUUACAGGAACUCGUAGCAUAAGUACAAUAUUCAACACAGAAGUGUUCUUGUGUUUUAUGCGCUGGCUUCUUUAUUUACAUAAACAGAUUUACAUAAUGAGAAAUAUCUGCUAGCUGUCCUGGGAUAUUGCCAAUCAUAAGUGCACAUUUUUAUUGCUAUGUGUAAAAUAAAUGUCAUAGCUUUGCUACUUAGCACUAGGUAUGACAUUUUUGGAA